CUUUACGGCAGUUAUUUCUUGCUCUGCAGAAAAGCGAGAGGGUCUUCGGAGAAAAGCCGCUGCCAGAAACUUGAAGCCACAAAGCGCAAGCUGAUGGAAAACACAGAACGGCAUGAAAGAGACUGACGCUGUGGCCGAGAAAGCUGAGCAAUGGCGGUCAGUGAGGAAAAUGAGGAAGAGGUUCCAAUGAGUCGUAGUUUCUCAGUAGAAGACCUCCUUGAUGAGGUGGAGAAGAUCUGCUACGAUGCGUCAGGGACAUCAAAGGUGGAGAUGGUGGUGAGGUUGUGGAAGGACGGCUUUACCAUUAACGACGGAGACUUCCGCAGCUACUCCGUGCCAGAAAAUCAAGAUUUCCUGGAUGCCAUCAAAAGAGGGGAGCUUCCAGCGGAGUGGGAGAGCAGAGCAGAGGAAGAGGAGCUGGAGAUCAGUGUGGAGGAUAUGACUGAGGAAAACUAUGUCCCCAAGAAGAAGGCUUUUCACCCUUUCAGUGGGAGAGGAUACCGACUUGGCAGCGUUGCACCGAGAGUUGUGGCCCGGUCACCAUCUGUGCACGAGGACGGAGAAUCUCCUCCUAUUCCCAUGGUAACACUAGACCACUCCCUUCCUGUCACCUCUCUGCAGAUCUGGUUGGCCGACGGCAGGAGACUGGUACAGAGGUUUAACCUAUCGCAUAGGAUCUCCGAUGUCCAGGAUUUCGUCGCCCGCUGCCAGAGGAGCUGUCCACCUUUCGUCCUGACGACAUCACUUCCUUUCCGUGAGCUCAGCGACAAAGAAUUGAGUCUCGAGGAGGCGGAUUUGGCUCACGCCGUCAUCGUCCAGAGACCCUUGAACACACAGGCUCUGUUUGGACACUCCUGACCGACAGUCCCAUACCUCACACAGCAUGCUACCUUCCCCCCUUCUCUUCAUAGACACGUCAUCUUUUUUUUUUUCAUAUAGCAACCUUAAGGCACCCUACGCCUUGAAGUAUUUUAAUCUUCACUGUGCACUUUGAACUGCACUUUGUUGUCAAUAAGCUAAAGGUGAUAUUCUCACCAGAUUAGUCAGAAAGUGCUAAUGAGGGGCUCUGUUGACACUUUGCCUACUUUGUCUUGAUCUUUUGGAGAGGAAAGUUUACCCGACAACAGACUUAUGGAAACCCAGCAUAUCGCUACACAGUGGUGUCACAAACAGCUCUGGAAAAAAUUAAGAGACCACUGCACUGAACCUUCUGGUUAUUCCACCAAAUAUAGAUUUCGGAACUCUUCCUGAGGUAAAACAUUAGUAUUGUUGUUUCUAAAUGAAUAUGAACUUGUUUUCUUUGCAUUAUUUGAGGUCUGGAAGCACUGCG